AAGCUGUUGAGCUCUGCACCUUCGUUUCAGAGAGAAAUGAAGACAGCAGUGUGAACCAUAGAAGGCAUCCAACCCCUGCUGACUGGGAGUUACUCCCAGAAGGCUGUCCUUCUGCAGUUGCCAGGCAACAAGUGUAAACAGCACCAGAUCAUGGCCACUAACUACAGCGCCAACCAGUAUGAAAAAGCUUACUUACCCAGGUACCUGCAAAAUUGGUCUCCUGCCAAACCAACAAAAGAGAAAAUCGCUGCCCAUGAAGGCUACACUCAGAUCAUCGCCAACGAUCGAGGUCAUCUCUUGCCUUCAGUGCCCCGUUCCAAGGCAAGUCCUUGGGGUUCUUUCAUGGGCACCUGGCAAAUGCCCCUGAAGAUACCACCUGCUCAGGUGUCCUUGACUGCCCGUACAACUGCUGCUGCUGACUCCCUCACCAAAUGGAUACACAAGAAUCCUGAGCUACUCAAUGCCUGUAAUGGGCUGCGUCCUGCAAUCUCAGGCAAGCCCUUUGACCUCAACAGUCAGAAGAAACAGAAAUCUGUCACAAAGACUGUACAACAAGCACCAAAUCCAACCAUAAUUCCUAGCUCCCCGGUUAUCCAAGGAGACAACCCAGAUGAAACUCAAAGUCCACACCCCUCUGCAGGUCACACUCCAGGCCCCCAAACUCCAGCCAACUCUCCCAAGAACCCACCUCUGAGCCCAUGUUAA